AUGAAGCUGUUGAUCGUAGCUUCGCUGGCGGCUCUGACCGAGAACGGCAUCUCACGUAACGAGAACGGCAGCCCCAAGGACGGCUACGGCAAAUCCGAGUACGGCCAGCCCACCGGCGGCUACGUCCAGCAGGGCGGCUGGAGCUACAGCGACGGCUACGGCAACCCCAUCCAGGUGACGUUUGUUGCCGACGAAAACGGCUACCAGCCGUCUAGCAACAUCCUGCCGACGCCGGUGCCGACCGAGUACCCGCUGCCGAUCGUGCCACAGGUGUACCAGGGAGAGCAGAGCUAUGGCUCUGCCCCAGCUCCCGCUUCCGCCCGCUACAGCGAGAACGUCCACCCGGGCGACGGUACCUACCAGUUCAGCUUCCAGACCGAGAACGGCAUCUCACGUAACGAGAACGGCAGCCCCAAGGACGGCUACGGCAAAUCCGAGUACGGCCAGCCCACCGGCGGCUACGUCCAGCAGGGUGGCUGGAGCUACAGCGACGACUACGGCCACCCCGUCCAGGUGACGUUUGUUGCCGACGAGAACGGCUACCAGCCGUCCAGCGACAUCCUGCCGACGCCGCCCCCGCUCCCGCCCCCCAAGGACGGCUACGGCAAAUCCAAGUACGGCCAGCCCACCGGCGGCUACGUCCAGCAGGGCGGCUGGAGCUACAGCGACGGCUACGGUAACCCCAUCCAGACCGAGAACGGCAUCUCACGUAACGAGAACGGCAGCCCCAAGGACGGCUACGGCAAAUCCGAGUACGGCCAGCCCACCGGCGGCUACGUCCAGCAGGGCGGCCUGGAGGUGACGUUUGUUGCCGACGAAAACGGAUACCAGCCGUCUAGCGACAUCCUGCCGACGCCGGUGCCGACCGAGUACCCGCUGCCGAUCGUACCGCAGGUGUAUCAGGGCGAGCAGAGCUAUGGUUUCUGCCCCAGCUUCCACUCCCUGGUGAUCGUCCAGUGGUAA